UUUACUGAAUAAUGUAUGUAUAAGUGAAAACUUUCGAUAGUCGAAAACCAUCGAUACUAUCGAUACUGCCAUCGAAAGUUGUCCAGUUCUACACUACCAAGUUGAAUCGAGCUACAAAUGAGUGAUUUAACUGAUAAAGUAAUUGUUGCGAAAACGGCUUUAAUGGCCGCUUUGGGCGACAACGUCUCCAAAUAUUUGGCUAACAUGAAGCUAUGGUUUCGUUAUAAGUGGUCCAAAGAAGAAUUCGACAGCGAAUCUAGAAAAUUUCUCACCCCUGAAAAAAUGCAUUUGCAUAAUCAAUUUCUGCUCGCAAUUCUAAACAAAAUCGACGCAUUUCACACACCAGAACAGUCGCCAGGUCUUUUUGCUACACAUAACAACAGCGGUACUCCAAGCAGCGCACCUGGAACAGGCAGUGGUGGGAGCGGUAGCGGUCGGAGCAGGAAACGCAAACGAAGCUCUCGAACAAAUAGUGACCGUGUUACUUUCGAACCGUAUGAUUUUCUUGAUUUCAUUGUUGAAGAUAAUUUAGAAUGUAUUCGGCCUACGGCGGGCACCGAUGCUAAUGUACAAAUAUUGCCUACCCAACGUUAUUGUGUACAAGAAUUGUUUUUGCCAGACGCGGGAUUUGUUCUGGGACGAUUUCUUAUCGGAGCUUGGGAGGUGGAACUCACUAAUGUAGAAGACAAUGUAGCCGAGUAUGUAGCAAUGGCAGUGCAGGUCCUCUUGAAAAAUCUUGUAUCUGCAAUUAUAAUGAACCGCAAACAUUACAAAGUAACAGGGGAUGGGUCAUUUUACUAUGAUGUUGGUGCACCAUUAAAGGAUCCUUCCUUGCGUAAUACUGUUACACGACAGAAAAUUGAUGACGGACCCUUGGAGUUGGAUAAAGAAAUAACUUCGCCGAAUUUCCUGCGUCGUUCUAAUGAGGACGGAAUUUUCUUGUCAGCCUGUGAAGAAGUCGAGCCCCAAAAGCGUGAAUUGAUAACAUUAAGGGAUGCUCAGCGAGCUUUCAAUGACCACAAUCUCAUAGCAUCGCACUCUGUGUAUGCUAUCAACAUGGAGCGGCUAACGCAAAUGUUACACUAAUGCAAGUGAUUAACUUAAAUAAUAAGUAGUAUUUAUAGUAUUUAUUCUUAUCUUAAUACAUUACAAAUAGAAAAAUUAAAUUAAAUGAAGAAUAUUACUGGUAUUACAAUUUUGAAAAUGUUGGGUGUUCCUUCGUCAAUGCUGCCACAGCUGCAUUAGCGAAAUCUUCAGAUUGCAAGUUUAUCUUAUUUGUUUGUCG